UCAGCAGAUAGUUUACCGAACUGGAUCUAAACUAUCUUUCCAAACUUGCCAGUGACAGAAGACUUAAAAAUAUAUCCUUUACGUUCGUAAGUCAGAUACAAUGCAUGCACUGGGCUAUGGCUGAAUAAAGUCACUCCAAAUGGGAAAAGAGAGAAUAUAUAUAUAUUUUAAAAAUCAACGUUAGGGACAUAAAUCAGUUCUUUUGACUCUGGCGCAUCUUCCACCAAAGAAUGGCCCGACCAGACAGUGAACAGCUGUAGGGAAAGAGCGCUAACGUUGGAGGACCAGCUCGCUGCACAAUGGGCUCUCUUGGACUUUUCCCCUGGUUGCUGCUGCAUUUCUGUCUGGAUCUGUCUUGGCAUGAACUCCCGGGGGCUGAGGCAGCCUCCGAACCCAGCACUGCUAAAACUUUAGUAUGGGGACCUGGACUGGAGGCAAACAUUGUCCUCCCAGCUCGAUUUUUCUACAUACAAGCAGUGGACAGCUCGGGGAGAAAUUUAACAACUUCCCCUGGUGAGAAGACUUUUGAAGUGAAGAUGGUUUCUCCAGCAGAGCAGUUUGUACGGAUAUGGAUCCAGGUCCUGGAUCGUCAGGAUGGUUCCUUUCUUGUUCGCUACAGAAUGUAUGCCACCUACAGAGACCUAGAAAUCCACAUUCUGCUCAAGAACAAGCAUGUUGCACAGUCACCUUUUAUUUUAAAAGGCCAAAACUACCACGAGGGCUGCGACUGUCCUCAGCCCAGUGGCUCUGCAUGGGAGACCCACAUGCACUGUCCUCAGUCCUUCCCCCAGAUAGACAGGGAUCUGGCCCUCUUUGCAAGCAUCGAUCCAGAUCGCAAUGCACAGGAAAUCCCACAACGGUUUGGACAGAGACAAAGCCUCUGCCACUACACGGUCAAAGACAACAAGGUUUACAUAAAAACUUUUGGAGAGCAUGUAGGCUUCAGAAUCUUCAUGGAUGCCAUCUUACUGUCACUCACCAGAAAGGUGCAGCUCCCUGAUGUUGAGUUUUUUGUUAACCUGGGAGACUGGCCUCUCGAGAAGAGGAAACCCACUGAAAAACUCCAUCCGAUCUUUUCCUGGUGUGGCUCCAACAAUACCAGAGAUAUAGUCAUGCCCACCUAUGACUUGACUGAAUCUGUCCUUGAGACCAUGGGAAGAGUCAGUCUGGACAUGAUGUCUGUGCAGGCCAACACUGGGCCAGCAUGGUCCAGAAAGAAUGCCACCGCCUUCUGGAGAGGCCGGGACAGUCGUCAAGAACGUCUGGAGCUGGUCAAGCUUUCUCGAGCUCAUCCUAGCAUGAUAGAUGCUGCCUUUACCAACUUCUUCUUCUUCAAACAUGAUGAGAGCCUGUAUGGGCCGCUGGUUAAACAUGUGUCUUUCUUUGACUUUUUUAAGUACAAAUACCAAAUCAACAUCGAUGGCACUGUGGCAGCGUACCGUCUGCCAUACCUUCUAGCUGGAGACAGCGUGGUUUUAAAGCAAGACUCUGGUUAUUAUGAGCAUUUCUACAAUGAGCUUCAACCAUGGGAGCACUACAUCCCAAUCAAAGCAGACCUCAGUGACCUGCUGGAAAAGAUCCAAUGGGCUCGUGACCACGAUGAAGAGGCGAAGAAAAUUGCACUGAGGGGUCAGCAGUUUGCCCGCAACCAUCUAAUGGGAGACACCAUAUUUUGUUAUUACUACAAACUUUUCAAGGACUAUGCCAAACUUCAGAUCACACAGCCAAAGAUUCGAGCAGGAAUGGAGCUGGUCGAGCAGCCCACUGAUGACCUGUUCCCAUGUACCUGCCACAGAAAGAGGACAAAGGAUGAACUUUGACAUCCAAGCAUCCAGUUAUGGAGAAAUCCUUCAUGUUUCAUGAACUGCCAAAGAAUGUUAAGAGUGUAAAUUAAAUUUUUUAAGAUGAUAUCAAUAUUACAAUAUUUUUUUCUUUAAAAAUAUAUAUAUAUUUUUCUUUUAUUAUGUGCAAAGGGACUUUCUUCAGUUUGUAUUGUGCAGUUGCUAAAACAAAACCAGUAAAAGCCUUUUUAUGAAUA